CUGAUCAUGAGAUAUCAAGUAUCUAUCGGUAGUAAUAAAUAGCAGUCAAAUAUAUUCGUUAACUCGUUUAGUAGCUUUAAAGAUGGCCGGAUGGACUAAUGAAACAGAUUUAUAUCUAUUGGAAGAUAUUUGUGGGGAUUCACCAUUUUGGACAAAGGAAGUGCUGAAGUCAGAAUAUCCGAAAUUCACAUCGUGUUUUCAAACAACAGUACUAGAGUGGGCUCCCUUUGCGUGGCUGGCCGUCACACUUCCGAUAUACACCGCGUGUCUUUGUUUUCGCCCCAAGACGCUUCCUCUACCACUGACGGCGUUUAGUAUUACUAAGACGGUUGUAUGUGUCGUGUUACUAGCACUAACAUUGCUUCAAAUAUGGGCGGUACAGGAGGAGGGAUGGAAAGCCACGACCGCGCCCACAGACUUGACCACGCCCAUAAACAUGACGCCAUCAAGGACAGAACCUCCCCCAACUUCAUUUUAUAUCGGAAUAGUGUUACGCGCCGUAUCUCUGGCUGUGGUGGGGUUGUUUAUCCAAUACGCGAGAUGUUCUGGGGUGGUGAGUUCAGGAAUAAUAUUCUUUUACUGGACUCUUUUAUUUGUCUGUGGAAUAAUACCACUUCAAUCAGCGAUUUCAUACCAGGUAGAUUAUACAAGGAGUAUACUCCACUACGUCUACAUGGCGGUCCUAGGUACACAACUUAUCCUCCAUUGUGUCGCCGACACGCGUUCAGGACAGCUGUACCAAGAAGUUGGAGAGAAUGGCCCGCAGUGCCCGGAUGAAUAUGCUUCAACAUUAUCGCUGUUAACAUACUUUUGGUUAACUCCUAUCGUCAUCAAAGCAUUCAGAACGAAGAUGGGUACGGAAGAUCUUUGGGAACAGACACCACGCCUGAAGUGUCAAAACGCAGUGUACGAACUAGGCAGGUCCUGGGACGCCGCAAAGCUGAAAGCGGACAUUGCGAAUAGAAGUACGCUUGGAACAGCUAGACAGAAGAGCCGACAGAUCGUCGCGAACGGAUUUGCCAAAUCUGGUGAGGACACACCUCUUCUGUCUUCCGGCCACGUCACUUCCGGUGGUAUUGAUCCAUCCGUCACGACGUUGAAGAGACCGUCGCUAUAUUGGUCUUUGUUUAAGACAUAUGGCCAUAUAUGGUUGUUGACGUGUUUCGCUAAGUUUAUUAGUGACGUGUGUUUUUUGCUGCAGCCGGUUCUACUAGGUAUGAUCGUGUCCUAUAUCGAGGCUAAGGACAGAGAACCGGCGUGGAUUGGCUACGUACUUGCAGUGCUAAUCGCUUUAAUAGGGGAAGUAGAAACCUUCGCCUACAGCGCUUCGCUUCAUUUCUCCCUGACCCUUGGCAUCAGGAUCAAGUCGGCCCUUGUAGGGGCUAUCUACCAGAAGUCACUGCGGAUGAAUAACUCGGUAAAGAAAGAUUUCACGGUUGGGGAGAUUGUAAAUCUGAUGUCGGUCGACUGUCAGAGAAUUCAGGACUCCUUCGCCUUCCAUCAAUGGAUAUUCUCCUUAUUUUCAAUCACAAUUAUCGGUCUGUACCUUGUGUGGGCCUACGUGGGAGACGGUUUGUAUGGUUGCAUAAUCAUUGUCGUCAUCUUAUCCAUCCUAAAUAUCUACUUUGGCCUCCUUCAAGAGAGAUACCAACGAGGUAUUCUAAAGUUCAAGAGCAACAGAAUGAAACUCUUCAACGAGGUCCUGAAUGGCAUCAAGGUACUGAAAAUGUAUGCCUGGGAAUCUACAUUUAUUGAGCAGAUAAAAAAAAUUAGGAAUCUCGAGAUGAAUUUUCUUAAAAAGAAUGCCAUAGUAACAGCGUUUGGUCUUGUUGUGGCCAAUCACAGCCCUUUCUUCAUGAACUUUGCCGUCCUGUUGAUAUACGUAAUAGGAGAUCCAUCCCGGUAUCUUGACGCCACCACAGCAUUCACGAUAGUUUCCGUGGUCAACGUUAUCCGGUUCGCAAUAGCAUUAUCUCCCUUUGUUAUAACUGCCGGUAUACAGACUCAUGUUUCUGUCGGUCGUAUCCAGAAAUUUCUCUGGGAAGAUGAUUUAGAACCCGAUGUUGUACAUCGUGUCACAGACGGGGAAAAUGCUCUGACUAUCCGAAACGGCAGAUUCACCUGGGAUACUGAAGAUCAAAUCACCACGCUUAGAAACAUCAAUCUCGAAAUACCAAAGGGAAGUUUGGUGGCGGUGGUGGGAAUAGUCGGUUCAGGCAAAUCUUCGCUCAUCUCGGCUGUAUUAGGGGAGCUAGAAAGGCUUGAAGGGGAGACCACUCUAAAGGGGUCGCUCGCGUACGUACCCCAGGAGGCAUGGAUACAGAAUUUAACGUUAAGAGAAAAUAUACUGUUCGGAAAGACCUAUCGCGAAAAGAAGUACCGCAAAGUGUUGGAAGCCUGUCAACUAAUUCCUGACUUGCGGAUACUGUCGGCCGGGGACCAAACUGAAAUUGGGCAAAAGGGUAUCAACUUGAGUGGUGGUCAGAAGCAGCGGGUCAGUCUGGCUAGAGCGGUAUACAACAAUGCUGACGUCUACUUACUGGACGAUCCUCUCAGUGCAGUGGACAGUCACGUGGGCAAAGCUUUGUUCCAAAAAGUUAUCGGCAACGAAGGGAUGCUGAAAAACAAGACCCGUAUCCUAGUGACCCAUGGCGUCCACUGGCUUCCUAACGUGGACAGGAUCAUCGUCAUGGACGGUGGUCAGAUAUCUGAGAUAGGCACGUACGAGGAACUCCUACAACAUAAUGGACCUUUCGCUCACUUCUUACAAACUUUCCUCUUCAACGACAAUGACAAAGACGAUGAAGAUACUGGAGAAACAGGAGCAAUCCGUCGAAAAAGGACAUUAUCUGUACAGGAAAUGAAGGACAAGAUGUGGGAACAUGUCGAGGAGGUUAUGUCUGAUGGCCGGACUACAUCAGAUGAUAACAUCAGCGUAGAGGGGUUGUCUCGACGGCAAAGUGUCAGGAAAGUACCAUCAAAAAUGUUAACUCGGGCAGUUUCCCGUCAAAUGUCGAGGUCAUUUUCACGGUCACUAACCAGGUCAAUGAAACAGACAGAAGACGUUGACCUAGGAAAGCUCAUCACAAAUGAAUCCACAGAGGAAGGCGCGGUGAAGUGGUCGGUGUAUAUCGCCUACAUGAAAGCAGCGGGUGUGUUCGCCACAUUUUUUUCGCUGAUGAUGAUGGUCGCAUAUCAAGGUCUGAGUAUGUACUCAACGUUCUGGAUCACUGAUUGGACAACUGACGAGUACCUCGUCAACACGAGUAACCAAGGGGAGGACGAGUACAUCAACAGAAAUGUCUACUACCUCGUUGUUUAUGGAGUAAUCGGCAUUGUGCAAGGAAUAUGUCUUCAGCUGUUUGGCCUCGUUUCACUACUAAGAAUUGUGCACGGAAAUGGCCGCCUUCAUGCACAGAUGCUACACUGUACCUUCCGGUCGCCAAUGUCAUUUUUCGACACGACACCUAUCGGUCGUAUUAUGAACCGGUUCUCCAGUGAUAUAGAUGUCCUUGAUGACCGUAUGCCUAGGACCUACAGACUCAUUAACAUUGUAGUGUUCAUUCUGAUAUCAACAGUCAUUGUUAUAUGUAUUGAGAUACCAACCUUCCUCGUCGCUCUUGUCCCUGCAGGGGUUCUAUUUGCAGUAGCCCUGAUCUGCUACCUACCAACAACUCGUCAGCUGAAGAGGAUUGAGUCAGUGACUCGUUCGCCGGUAUACAAUCACUUCAGUGAGACAAUCACGGGCGCUAGUGUAAUACGGGCGUACCAGGCAUCCGAGCGUUUUAUAGAGGAAUCUCAGAAACGGGUAGACAAGAACGCCGUCUUCUACUAUGCCGCUAAUGUGUCGGCAAGGUGGAUUAGCAUCAUUGUGGAGACUAUCAGUAAUAUACUGGUGUUUGUGGCCGCCUUGUUUGCCAUCAACUCCUCCGAUAUGAGCAGCGGGGACGUCGGCCUAUCUCUCACUUACUCAUUACAGAUAGUUGUGUCACUAUCACUAGUGGUGUUUUCUGUCAGCGAGAUGCAGAUGAACAUCGUGUCUGCGGAACGUGUGGUGGAGUACACGGAUCUACCGGCAGAGGCUGAAUGGAUCAGACAUUACUUCCGCCCUCCUCCUAAGUGGCCCAACUCCGGAACUGUCAAGUUCGAAGGGUUCACAACAAGGUACCGUCCUGGACUGGACCUCGUACUGAGGGGCAUAGAUUGUCAGAUACUGAGUGGGGAAAAGAUUGGAAUAGUAGGGAGGACUGGAGCCGGGAAGUCAUCUCUGACUGUCGCCUUAUUCCGACUUAUUGAGUCUGCAUCUGGUGCGAUUUCCAUAGACGGGCUACGAACAUCUGACCUUGGUCUCCAUGAUCUAAGAUCAAACAUCACUAUACUACCACAGGAUCCUGUGCUAUUUUCCGGGCCAUUAAAAGCCAACCUUGACCCGCUGGAAAGAUUUACAGAUAAUGAAAUAUGGAAAGCGUUGGAGUCCGCCCAUAUGAAGUCAUUUGUUAAGAAUCAACGAGAUCAGCUCUAUUAUGAAUGUGGAGAAGGCGGGAUGAAUUUGAGUGUAGGUCAGAGACAGCUGGUGUGUCUCGGUCGAGCCUUGCUCCACAAAAACAAAAUCCUAAUCCUGGACGAGGCUACCGCCGCUGUUGAUAUGGAGACUGACGAACUCAUACAACAGACGAUACAGAGCGAGUUCGAGGAAUGCACUGUACUUACCAUCGCCCAUAGACUUAACACUAUCAUGGAUUACCAUAGGGUAAUGGUUCUGGAUAAAGGUCUCAUCGCGGAAUUCGACACCCCACGAACACUGAUUCAGGAUACAAGUAGUGUGUUUUACGGAAUGGCAAAAGAUGCGGAAAUAACAGACUGGUUUGAAAAUGACAAAUAUAACAAGAAGAUGUGAAUAUGAUUAACAUAUGAGACACAAAUGCAUACAAGAAGUGACAUUAUUUCAAAUUAUUUUGUAACAUUUAUUUUCAUUACAUUCAGUCUGCAAACUUUUAUCUUGUAUUCAAAUAAUUACAUUUUAUUUUCAUUCAUAAAUGCACCACAUCAACUCCAGUCCGUCCGUACCUCCGACGAUCAGUGCUAGUCAACCCGUACCAAGAAUGCAGUUGUUCCAUACCAAAAUGUAAUAUCUGUACAUAUCCAACAAGCAAUAAAUAAAGCUCACAGCAUCGUAGGUGUCAUAAGGAGAUCAUUUGUAUAUCAGGACAAAGAAUUUUCACAAAUCUUUUUAAAACGCUUGUUCCACCUCAUUUAGAGUACGUUGGUUGGUGUCCUCACAAAAUUAAGAUCAAAAGGAUGGUGAACCUCAUAGAAGACCUACAAAAUCACUCCCCGGUUGUAAGACCAUUAGCUACAGCGAGAGACAACUCUACCAUACUAGCGCUUGCGCGGAGAUGUGAUCAACGUGUUCAAGUUUACAAAUGGGCUUUAUGAUCCGAAUUUGGUGGAGAUAUUGUUCGAUCUCGCCACUCAAGGAAAAACUCGUGGUCACAGUAAAAAAAAUACUCAAACAACAUUGUCAUUUAAAUAAUCAGAAAACAUAACUUUACUCAAAGAAUAAUUGAUAUGAGGAAUAGUCUUUCACAGGUAUUUAGCAGAAUAAACAACAGACGAUUUCCAAAGGGGAAAAAGAUAAAAACAUAGAACAAACGUCAUUCUAAAUCCCAAUAUCUUUCGCCUUUGAAGAAGGCAUGGAGGCCGAAAUAUUAGGACUAAGAGUGACAUUUGUUCUAUAUAUUUAGCAUACGUUUGUGAGAUCUAUAUAUUGUACGGAUACAUCACUGCAUUUGGAACGGAAUAAAUAAAAUUCUUAAUAUCUUAAUGUAUUUCUGCUAAAUUCGACUUCAAUUAUAUAUUAAUCGUAAUAUAAAGGACUUCAACAAGUUCAAUUAAAAAAAAAGAAAAAAGGAAAAAACUAUAGGGGUGAAAUUAUGGACCUAAAGUCACCUAAGCCCUGUUAAGACUUCAUUUCACUGAUAUUGCCAUUUUGGUACUGUUUUUGUAAAUGACAGCACCAAAUGAGACAGCAAAAUAUAUGAAUACAUAAUUAACAAUGAAAGGUACAUAAUCUUUAGAUGGGAAACACUUCUCUUCUAUACCAUUAGAAAGAUUGCAGUUUACCUUAAAUUCAACAUUCAGUCUUCAUUAAAUGCAUACAAUCAAUCAAUAUUCCUUAAGUUUUCAAUCAUUAUGUGCAAUCAAGACAAUCAUAAUAUACAAGAAAACUGGUAUAUUGCAGUAUACAGGAAUAUUGUAUUUAUAAUACUAAAAUAAAAUAUGGUUGUAUUGCACUAUAUUUAACACGUAUUUUUAUGUUAAGUGUUUUAAUUUUAAAAAUUACUACAUAAUGGAUAUGCUGACAACCAGCCACGUAGCUGCAUUGUGAGCAAAUGAUCAAAUGCACUUUUUUGGAUUUGCAGUUUUUCUUUUUGCUUGGUCAAUCAAUCCUUAUGAUCGUGUUUAUGAG